AAUUUUCAUAUCGAUUGAUGACCAAACAGUUGAAUUGUCUUUCUCAUUGGUUUCGCAAGGACAAGGAAACUCUUGUGGAUAACACGCGCUGUUCCUGUGAGACACUACAAUUGUACAAUGAUAACACUGAAAGUAUAUCUGUUUCAGAAUUAAAAGAACGAGCCAAUGCUCUCUACAAACAAAAGAGGCUCCUAGAAGCAGAGCAAGUCUAUAUGAUAGCAAUCACGCAAAUCGAAGAUGAGAGGAGAGUUCCUAUUACGAAUACCAAACCACCCUUUCAGGAAGAAAAGCGUAGCACACUUCAAGCUCUUUAUUCCAAUUUAGCCCAAACAAGACUGAUACUAGAGAAGUUUCAAGAAGCAGAACGGGACGCAAAGAAAGCUAUUGAUUUGCAUCAGAAGGGAACGUGCUCUACAAAAGUCCUUGUGAAAAGUUUGUUGAGAAGGUCUUCGGCGUUUUUGAAUUUACUUCAGUUGGACUCUGCGCUUGCUAGCUUGGAACAAGUACGAAAGCUGGAACCCAAUAACCCUGAAUGCCAUAGGCUUUAUUCGCUAGUUACACAAGCAUUAGUUGACCAGGGGACAGAAGCAAGCUCAAACUAUGAACAAAAAAAUCAACGUCGCCAUAUAUUAGACUCACCACAGUCUCUACUUUUUGCAGUGCGAACAGACAAGCAACCAAACGAAUAUUUAUCUUCACAAAUAUCAAAAACCUAUUCAAAACCUUGUGCUCUCAUUCAGGAGUUGUGCUUUGAGGAAGGUAACUUGAACAAUAACAAGGAAUGAUAAUAUACUUCAGUUCUCAGCU